UAUGCCUUCCAAUUAAAACUUAUGCUUUAUAUCUAAACAAGAGAAUUAGAUAAUAAUUUUCUAAUAUAAAACUCCAAACACAAUAUGGCGCGUGGGGUACAAAAUCCGAGUCAUGAAGAACACGGUCUCUGACUCACUCCCACUAACGCGGAUGCUGGCUCUUACUUACUUGCUUUUGUUUUAACGUUUCAGUUUAAUUCCCUCGUUUUCUUCAUUUUAGCUAUAUUCGAUUAUGGAUUAAGAUUUAUUUUAUCAACUGAUUCCUUCCUCUUUUGUCAUUUUCUUGCAUACCCAUUUGCCAUUAUAAAGUUAGAGAAUCGUAAUGACAACAUUUAUCUGUAUGGCUAUGGUGUUUUUGGCUUGUAAUCAAAUGGGCUUUCGUUAAAAUUUCAAAAAAAAAAAAGGUCUCUGUUCAUGAAAUGAGUUCAAGUUGUGUUAUCACAGUUAAAUUGAAAUGCAACUUUUCUUUUUUCUAAUUAGCUGUAAUUAAGUUUGAAGAUAUUUUUUUUUUCCUCAUAUGGGUUUCUUUCUUAAUUGUCAUUAUCAAGAUUUGGAUUUCAGUUCAGAGUCUCAGACCACAGAUUAAUCAAAAUACCCACCAGCUAAAUCUUGUUAUUAGGAUAAGAUAUUUUCUUAAAUAUGUCUUUAGUGCUUUGUUUCUAUGUGGGUUUAUGCUAAAUACAGUCAUUAAGUGUUGGCUUGUUACUAUUCCCAUCUCUCUGUUCAUCAAAACCAUAUAAAGAGUUCACUCUGAGCGACGAUGAAUCCCAUAGUUUUAAUCUGUCGUUUUGUGCUUUGAGCUGUAAGUGUUAAUGAAAUCUAUGUGUUUUUUAAAAAGUUGAUUCGUUAUAUAAGAGAGUGUCUGUAUAUUUAAGAUUUUGAUUUACUCAAUAGCUGUAGUGGUCGUGGUCAGUGUGAGGUUGUUAGUUGGGAUACGGAUAGUGAUUUACAAAAUGGAGAUGAAAUUGUUUAAUCAGAAAGCUAUGUCAGUUUCUGAAAUUGGAGUACACAUGGAGAGACUCUAUUCGAGCUCAUUUUCUUGUUACAGGAACCAACCUGGUCUUAAAUUUUCUCAAAGGCUCUGUUCUUGCCCAGGGGUUUCUCCGAAUAACAGAUAUCUAUCGAAAGAAGUUAUUAGCUCAGUUAAUCGGGAGAAAUUAUCAACAGAAACGUAUUUAUCUCGUUUUAAUGGAGCAAAUGGGGUGACCCAAAUGAGAGUACUUGAAGCUGUUGAUGAUGAGUAUGGUGGGGUGGUUGUUGAUCCUGAAAAAUUGCCAUCAAACCCCAAUGCUUUUGCUUAUGUGCUUCGUUCAUCUCUUUCCCAUUGGACAAUGAAGGGAAAGAAAGGAGUUUGGCUUAAGCUUCCAGUUGAACAAUCUGAGUUUGUUCCAAUUGCUGUGAAGGAGGGGUUCGAAUACCACCAUGCUGAAAGAGGAUAUGUUAUGUUGACAUACUGGAUUCCUGAAGGCCCUUCUAUGCUUCCUAGUAAUGCUUCACACCAAGUUGGGGUCGGGGGAUUUGUCAUCAAUGACCAAAAUGAGGUUCUUGUAGUACAAGAGAAACAUUGUGAUCCUGCAUUCAUUGGUCUAUGGAAAAUACCAACUGGAUUCAUUCUUGAGUCAGAGGAGAUCUUCACAGGAGCUGUGAGAGAAGUUAAGGAGGAAACUGGGAUCGACACCGAGUUCAUUGAAGUCAUAGCAUUCAGGCAUGUUCACAAUGUGGCUUUUGAAAAAUCAGAUUUAUUCUUCAUUUGCAUGAUGAGACCCCUAUCAACUCAGAUAAUAAUUGAUGAUCUUGAAAUUCAAGCAGCCAAGUGGAUGCCUUUAGUUGAGUUUGUGGAGCAACCCCUUAUACAAGAAGACUCCAUGUUCAAGAAAAUAAUGGAUAUAUGCUUAGCUCGGCUAGGAAAGCGUUACUGUGGGUUAGCUUCUCAUCAAUUGAUCUCAAAAUUUGAUGGGAAACCAUCAACAUUGUACUACAAUGUUAUGGAGACUCACAAUACCAACUGUAUAGGCAAUUAAGGUUAUUCAAAUUCACCCAGAAAAACAUGCAAAAAGAUUCAUAUCCUGUUGUUAUAGCAGCAGAUUCUUAUCCUUGGAUCUCCUUGAGUUCUGAUUUUGAGUGACCAAAGUGCUGAUACAUUGGUUUCCACGUAAGGAGUACUCAAACCAUCUUGAACAUACAUUUAACUUGUAAUUACAAUAACAAUGACUUCUCUAUAUCUAAUGUAUAUAUAGGCUUCUAUCAUCAUAUAGUAUCAUCCUUGGUCAUUCCCAUAAGAAAAAAGGCAUAGAAUUUUGUUGCUCUGUUUGUAUAUCUCUGUAUUUAUCUUUCCAAGUGUGGAGUUGGGCUAUUUUAUUUUUGUGGCCAGCAUAUGUGUUAUUGAACAAAUUAUCUUGUGUUACUCAACUCCCAAUGAUAAAACCUUUAUGUAUUUUUGUGGACUGAA